UGAAACCGGAAAAUAGCAACAGUAGCAGUUAUGGCGUCCACAGCGGCGACCCGGACGGCAGCUGGUGCUGCUAAAGUCGUUAAACCGAUUUUUAGCCGUGAUUUGGACGAGGCUAAGCGCCGAGUCCGGGAGUUAUACCGAGCAUGGUACCGGGAGGUCCCCAACACAGUCGCAAUGUUUCAGCUGGACAUCACAACACGCCAAGGAAGAGACAAAGUUAGGGAGAUGUUUGACAAGAACAAGCACAUCACCGACCCCCGUGUGAUCGACAUGUUGGUCAUUAAGGGGAAAAUGGAACUUCAGGAAACGAUCCACGUCUGGAAGCAGAAGACCCACAUAAUGCGCUAUUUCUACGAGUCUGAAGAACCUCGCCCCACCGACUUCCUGUCCAAAUUCUACCGGGGACACGACCAAUGAACUGUACAGCUCUCGGCCUGCCCUGUGACCUGUUUUUUGGUUGUGUCCAAUUUGACAGCUGUUUCUCUUUAUUGUAAAUAUACACUUAACAAUCACCUAUCUAUAGUUCAGUCUCUUUUUAUUAUUGAUAUUGUCAGUUGGAUCAAUUAAAGCCAUCAGCACACCAUGA